UUGAAAAGCGUGCUUCAGCCUUCAUUUGUGAUACUUACAUUUAAAAUUGUUAAAACUUGUUGAAAUUAAUGUAUAGGAACAAAAUUACUAUAAAUCAUAAUGGCUCAGCAAGAAAUUUCAUGUGGUCUAGAUUAUAUUACAGCACCUGAUUUACAAGCGUGUCUCAGUGAAGCGUUGCAUGCUAAUUAUGCUUUUAUUGUUUCGCCGAUCAUUCAUCCACGUUUUCGCCGGCCAAUUCUUCCAUCCGGUGGUACUGUUGGAGGAUUUACCCGGUCUGACAUGAUUUUGUCUCCUCAAGAUUGGAACAGUAGAAUCGUCGGUAAAUUAUCAGAGUAUUUAGAUCCAGACGCUCCGUCGCCUAUUGUUCGUCAGCGACAUGAAGAUUCUCUCAAUGAAGAACUAUCUUACUGUCGAGGUCUGGGACUUCCGGCUGUUAUGUUAUCGUUACAUUCGAAAUAUACAAAUAAUUUAGCUAGAACUUUGCAUACUUACUUUGAAACAAGCCAUCAUCCAACCCUUAUUUGGGCUAGUGUACCAAUGCUUUGCCAUAAAACAUUAAAAGCAAACAUUGAUAUAGACAAUGAAAAUGAUGAUGCUUGGAAUGAGCCAUGGCACUGGUGGACCAAAUUUCAUGAACGCAUGGGUUGGGAUAAAAGAAUUGGUGUUGUGAUAGAGAUGUCAGCAGAUCUUCCUUCACAAGAUAUCCUCAAAAGAUGGCUUGGUGAGCCUAUUAGGGCUAUAAUUGUUCCUACCUCACUAUUCCAUAAUAACAGGAAAGGGUAUCCAGUUUUAUCACGAGCUCACCAACAAGUAGUACUUAGUAUGGUAGAACAUGAUGCUCAGGUUAUUGUUAGUGGAGCAAGGAGGUCAAAUAUUGAAUAUUACUUACAAUAUUUGUACAGAGUUUGGAAGAGAAGGCCUUAUAUUGGGGAUGAUCCAAUGCUUAGUUAUGCAAAAGGAUGGGAGGAUUAUCUUCAGACUCCAUUACAACCUUUAGCAGAUAACCUAGACACGCACACUUACAAUGUCUUCGAAAAAGAUCCAGUUAAAUAUGAUCAAUACCAAAAAGCAAUUGCUCAAGCACUUACUGAUAUUCACAAGAAGAGGAAAGGAGAAGGCAUUGAUGAUCAUCAGAGUGACUCAUGUAUUAUAGAAGCAAAGAAGUGUGAAGUUGGACAGGGUGAUAAUACAGUAAAAGAAAAUGAAAGACCAAUUACAGUUAUGGUCUUAGGUGCUGGAAGAGGACCCCUUGUCAGGGCAACUCUUAAUGCAGCAGAUAUUACUAACAGCAAAGUUAAAGUCAUAGCAGUUGAAAAGAAUCCAUGCGCAGUAGUUGUUCUUGCAGCUCAAGUUCGAGAAGUAUGGCGGGAUCGUGAUGUUAUAGUAAUACCUGGUGAUAUGCGUCAAGUUAAUUUUUCACCUAAAGCUGAUAUAAUUGUUUCUGAACUACUAGGCUCUUGGGGUGACAAUGAACUUUCACCGGAAUGUUUAGAUGGUGCAGCAGGCUUAUUGAAAAGUGGUGGUAUAUCAAUACCCAGAGAAUAUAGUUCAUAUGUCGCGCCAAUUUCGUCUCCAAGAUUGUGGGCAGCUGCUAGAGCAGCAUCUCCUGGAAAUUCUGCUCAAAUAGAAAAGAAUCUUGAAACCUUAUGGGUGGUUUACAUGCAAAACAAACAUGAUAUUGCAGAAACAAAGUGUGUUUUUACUUUUGAUCAUCCUGCUAAAGGAAUGAAAAACUAUGAAGGACAGGAUCUCACAGAUUAUCGAGGAUUACCAAUGACAGAUAAUAGAAGAUGCACUACACUUACAUGGGAAGUUGAGCAGGAUAAUGUGAUGCAUGGAUUUGGUGGAUAUUUUGAUUGUUUAUUAUAUGGAAAGGAAAUGAUCAGCAUUGUACCUUCUACUCACAGCCCAGGAAUGAUAUCAUGGUUUCCCAUAUUUAUACCUAUUAAGACUCCUUUACGAGUGAUGAAAGGUGAUAAAAUAAAAGCCAUAUUUUGGAGAUGUGUAAGUGCCCGUAGAGUUUGGUAUGAAUGGAUUGUUGAAGUUGGUGUACACACUACUCCUCUGCACAACCCAAAUGGACGAAGUUCAGAAAUGUUGUUAUGAAGAAACAAUUUAGUUUUUCUUCAAUAAAUAUAUUAUAUUAUAACAAAUUAUAAUAAUAAAACUUAUUUUUUCACUA